UGCAAGUGGAGAGGUAGAGGGAGGGAGAGAGUGAGAGACGGGGGGGGGGAGAGAGAGAGAGAGAGAGAGAGAGAGAGAGAGCUGAUAUUCGUGGUGACAGCGAGCAGCAGCUAGCACGUAGUUCAGACGAGCGGAUACGACAAGAUGCUGAGCGUCGCCUUGCUGUGCGUGUGCGCCGUCGUCCUCGGACGCGUCUCGGCUCGUUCCAACAGCGGCAAUUUUUUGGAUGAUAAGUGGCUCGCUGGAAGAUGGGAUAAAUUCAGAGAUGAAGUGGAGGAGCCGGGAACAUGGACGCCAUCCAAGCCCUUUGAUCAAGGCCUUGAUCCCACCAAAGACCCAUGUCUGAAGAUCAAAUGUGGCCGCCACAAGGUGUGUGUGGCUGAGGACUAUAAAACAGCCACUUGUGUCAGCCAGAGGAGGGUUAGCUUUAAAGACGCCAGUUUGUACCAGAGUCCCGGCUCCAAGUGCAAACCCUGCCCCGUGGUUCACCCUUCUCCUGUUUGUGGAACCGAUGGUCACACCUACUCCACCAAGUGCAAGUUAGACUACCAGGCAUGCAUCACUGGUAAGAAGAUUGCUGUCAAGUGCCCUGGCAUGUGUCCUUGCCCCGCUCAGCCUGAAGAGAGCUCUUCAGAGAGGAAAGUAUGCAGCGAGUCUGAACUCAAGGAGGCAGUGGGUCGACUAAGAGACUGGUUCAGAGUGCUUCAUGACAACGGCAACCACAAGAGAGACAAGAUCCAGAAGAACAAAUUUGAAGUCGGCGCAUCACCUGUAUGCAAAGAGCCUCUCGGAUGGAUGUUCUCCCGCCUGGACACAAACUUUGACCUCCAGUUGGACCAAUCAGAGAUCAAGAGCCUCUACCUGGACAGGAACGAGCCUUGCUCCGACGCAUUGUUCAAGUCAUGCGAUACGCACAGCGACCAAGUUAUUUCCAGCUCCGAGUGGUGCACCUGUUUCCAGAGAUACACAGACUCUCCCUGUAAAGCUGAGCUGUCAUCCAUCGGCAAGAAGCAAGUGGGAAAAAAGCUGCUCGGCCAGUACCUGCCCUCAUGUGAUGAGGACGGUUACUACCGCUCGCACCAGUGCCACAGCAGCAGCGGCCAGUGCUGGUGUGUGGAUCGCUAUGGCAACGAGCUGGCCGGCUCGCGUACCCAUGGCCCAGCUGACUGCGGCGUGAUUUUAGAGUCUUCAGGAGAUCUCGGUAGCGGAGACUCCAUGAUCACCGAAGACGAUGAAGAUUCCUUUGUCCUCGAUGAGCAGGCUGGGCUGGACGAUGAGGAGGACGACGAUGACGACGACGAUGAAUAUCUGUCGUAAUUUUAAUGUGUUCUUUUUUUAAGAAAACAAAAAAGAGAGAAACUGUUUGUUUGGUCAAACUGCACGUUUCUUGGCGACUUCCCUGGCAGAUAUUUCAUCAUACUAACAGCCUAAGGACUAAUCUGUGUUCUCUUUGUUUUUACCUAUAUACAAAAAAAAGAUGUUCCAUUUUUCUUUUAAUUUCACUUCCUGACUAUAAAAUACUGUUGGUUAAUGGCAUUUGUUGCCUCGACUGCCGUUGCCAACAAUGACAGCCAAUCCAGUGCUUUGGAUGUGGUCACAUGUGCAAAAACCUCCCUUUUCAUUGGACACUCGUGUCCUCUUGGUGUGUCCUGUCCUUGUACACCACUCUGAGUGUGUUGAUGCCUGAGGCGCGCUAUUUAAGAGAUUCCCCCCCGCCCUCCUCCUCUUCUUCAUCCCUCGCUCUCCUGCUCCUUAUCUAAUGUUCCUGUGUAUAGGUGGGAUGUUGAUGAUGUAGAUAAGAGAAUAUUGCACUCUUUCGGUUUCUUUUCAUCUCCAUUCGUAACUGUGACUGUGUGGAAAAACAAGAUAUGGGUCGGACACGCUUCCUUGUUGGAAGAGUUGAGACAUAAACAUAGCGUUCAGUGUUGGAAAACUAUAUAUAUAUUUAAAAAAAAAAUCUAAUCAUCUCAAAAGGCUCAGCUACCGAUUAGUGCUUAGAGGGAGGGAAAAAAGCCAGAGGCGUUGAGGGUGAAAAUGAUGAUGUAUUUUUCUAAUCCAUUGUUGGAUGAUUACAGAGGAUUUGUUGUAGCAUGUUCAAACGCUGCGUGACGUUGCAGCAGCCAACUUCAAAAUAGUGUGUACAGAUUGAAGCGCGGCUAGCAACAAAUCACAUAUUGUCUACUGAGCUUCGAGGGGAAAAAAAACAAACAAAAAACAUUCUGAACAGUAGAUGUUAUACGUUUUUCUUUUUGGGCAGACUCAUUCGAUUUGAAAAGAAAUGUGUUGCACAGUAAAAGAACCACAGAGCCAUGCGGGAUGGUGGAAAGGUGAAGGUGUGCCUUUUUCUAGUGGGGACAGGUGAUGGACUGAACCUGACUUAAACUGAGCUAAUCGUGAAACGACGUGAGAGGAACUUUACUGUCUGGCUUUUCUCGUACUUCAGCUGCUGUUCUCCUUUCUUUCGUAGGAUUGCUAAGACGUAGAGAAGCACACAAGCCAUUUAGGGGCUUAAAAGUUUAAAUUCAGCUGGAUUUCCACAGGUUUUAUACAAUAUAUUAGUAGACUGAGUCGGGAAGAUUAAAAAAAAUGGUGGCUGGGAUGGCUUCAUAGAGAUUGAAAAAAGUCUUGAUUUGCAUAUGCGCUACCCUGCUAUACUGACCAGUAAAUUAGUCUAAAUGCAUAUCUGGGGUCAGUUUUACAUUCAUUUUCGGGGCGUACAGGUCCACGAGUUAGGGGACGCAAAUAUUUGGUCUGCCCUGGGUGCUGGCAACCCAUACUACACCACUGUUGUCAAGUAAUAUUGUUGUAUUUUGUGUAGACAUUCAUCGCCCCCCGCCACUGCCCCGCCACCAAAGAGAUUUAUCAGUUUCAUUCGGACCACGUUCAA